ACUAACACUUAAAACAUUUAAUGCGUUACGUAUGUACGUUAAUUUACGUCAGUAAAAUACAGCAUACAGCUGUAGCGUGAUACGUUGAAACUUUGAACAAAUAUUUACAAGAUUGGUUCCGUAUGUUUUAUAAAACUUUGCCUUCGCCAAGAAGGGAGUAAAUACAUUGGACUUUUUAUUAUACAUUUAGAAUGAAAUCCAAAUUACUGCUAGUAUGUGUUUGUGUUUUCUUUGGGAGCAAUGUCAGGCACGUAUCAUCACAAGAGCUUAUGCAAGACAUCUUUAGCUUUAUGGAAUUAAAUCCAUUAGAUAACACAGGAACGGCAUCGGAUUCAAAUUUUGCCCACCUUCCUCCCUUAGAUUCUUUGGGAACGCCCAUCAACUCUCUUCAACCUAACACAGACACUCAAAAAGCUAAAGGGUUGCAAGCAGAUACCUCUCUGUCAAAUAAGCCACCUAUAAAAAUUACAGAUUCUUCCAAGUCGAUAGGGACUGGAUCACCUUCAGAUCAAUUUACUUCUAAUACUGGGAAUGGUGCUGAUCAAUUUCCAGGGGAAGCAAUGGACCCUAGUUCUCAAGGAGAUCCAUUUGCAAACGACCCAUUUGCAAACGACCCAUUUGCAAAUGACCCAUUUGCUAACGACCCAUUCGCUAACGAUCCAUUUGCUAACGAUCCAUUUGCAAUGGAUCAAAGUACAACUGGAGGAGAUGUACCAUCAAUUCAUCAAGAAUCGCCUUUCUUUCAAUUUAUACCUAACACCUUUAAACAUGGCAACACAAAUUCAGGCUCACAAGUACAGUCAAAACCAGGCCUUCCGAUUCAAACAGAUCCUGCAAUUAAUAAUGAUAUACCUUCGGAUUCCUUCACGUCAAGUGUAAAACAAGUGGACACAGGCACGUCACCGGCAACUGGCUCUGGGCAUCCGUUAGACCCUUUAAGCUCAUUUGAUGCUGGUAUUCCAUCAGAGCCUAUCCAACUAGGAGCAGGAACGCCGUUGGAUUCAGGUCUACCGAUAGAUCCAUUACCAGUUGACCCAUUGACACCAGAUCAAGGCAUGGCAGGAGGAGAUGUACCUACUAAAACAAAUGACUCUCCAUUCUUUCGCUUCUUACCAAGUAUGCCCACGGGUGACAAAUUUCUUAAUCUAAUCGAUGGAACAGAGAACACGUUUCAGCCGACUGAUAACUGGAUGGGUGAACCUUUAGGUGUUGCUAAACUAGAACCAAAUGCCCUUGAUCCCUGGGAUUCUUUUCUGCCAGAAGAACCAAUGACAGACGUCAAUCUAAAUCCAGUUUCAGCAGGAACAAACGUAGAUUUUCAGCCAGAUAAUCAAACUCCUAUUUUACCUGACAGUACACCUGUUGAUUUGAAUCCUUUGGGACCUGUUAAACCAAUCGUUUCGGAAAAGAUAGCUGAUCCUCAUUUUAAACCAAUUAAUCCAGCAGGUGACAAUAGUGUAAUUUCACUUGGACCCGUUGAUCAAAGCACAAUACCGCUAGGUCCUUCUGAUCAUAAUGUUAUCCCAAUAGGAUUUGUUGAUCAUAAUGCAAUACCACUUCGACCAACCGACAAUAAUAUAAUGCAAAAUGAACCAUUGGGCACGAAGCCACUACCACAUAAAGAAGCAUUUAAACCAGUAGAACCAAAUGUAAUACCAUUUGGACCUGUAGAGAACAUACCAGAAAUACCAAAGAAUGAUCCAAACGUUAUUCCACUCGGACCAAUAUUUGGUACACCUGUUAAUUUAGAUUCAGUUUUAGAUAACGUGAAUAAAGGUCAAGGCUACGAUAGUAGGAGACGAUCAGGGUCUAGCUCACCAAUUGCAGACACCGCUAAGCCCAUCUCAAAUGAAAUACCAAACAGCUGGAUGCAGCUCUACACAAAAGACAGACGGAGACCUAGUAAAUCGUUUCCAGUUCAACCGGUACAGACUGAAGCUGUUCAGAUUUCCCCAAGAGAUAACUUGCUAGCACAAGCGUCUUUGAACACCUACAGUAAGAAUAGAGGGCUUUCAAGGCAGCUACGGCAAGAAAGGAGACGGGCAAGAAAGCUGCGUCAACUACAGAAUCAAAGACAAAAACAAGUUCAACGGCAACAAAAGCAUCAACAAAAACAAGCCAACAAGGCAAGAAAACAAAACCAAAAAAUAAAAAAUCAAAGAGGUGGAAAUAGAACUGGUCCACAGGGAGCAAAGAUAGCCAGAAUGGUGAUUCCUGGACAAAACCGACCGUUUGUCGGUAAGAAUCAAAGAGGAAGAGGCCGCCGAAUGGUCGAGCCGUGCACUGCAGGAAGACGAAGACUUGGACUUUGCGCUCAGGAUCAGCUGCCACCGGAUGCUUUAGAUCCGACUGGACAUUCUAACCACAACAAUGAAGCUGGGAUCAUGUUCGGUAUCCCUAACCACGGUCUUCCGGCAAUCGGUAUUGAUCCUACACACGGUGGGCCGCAACCUAUUGUAGGUCCAGACAUGUACGUUGGUCGACAACCGUCAGAUGGUAACGUUGUUCAACAUAAUGGUAACAUGCACGGAAAUCCAGUCCCCGGUAUAGAUAGUUACAUUGGCCGGAAGCCAGUUGUAGGUGCGGCACCGCUUGUAGAUAACACACACGGAGGAACGCCAGUCAACAUGGAUAGCUAUGACGGUAGACAGCAAGUUGGAGAUUCUGGACACCUUAUUGGUGGUUCACAUGGUCAAUUGUUGCCUGGUACACCAACUUUUGAAGAGCACGUGGGUGUUCCUCUAGGAGAGGCUGUUAUUGGACAGAAUGGACUCCAACAACUGAUAGGUGUGCAAACCGUUGAUCCCCAUAAUGUAGGUCCUUUAAGAAAGUUAGGACGAGGUGGAAGACGGCAACAGGGUAAUAGGUUCAAUAGAAACAAAGGACAGAGAAAUAAAGGGGGAAGAAUUGGUAGAAGAAAUAUGAGAAAUAACAGAAACAUAGGAAAUAACAGAAAUGUAGGGAAUAAAAGGACAAACAACUUUAGAAAAGGGAAUAAAAGAAAUCAAGUUCAGAUACAUAGACCUGGGGCGAAAAGACGCGGUCCAAUUAUAAGAACUCCAAACAUGCAAGAUGUUGGUAUUGAUUCUUUGCCAAUUGAUAACCCAACAGGAACACAGCAUCCUCAAAAAAGUUGGAAUCCAAUGAAUGGUUUACAAGUUGGACAACCAAUUGAUCCGACAGUUCAUGGAUUUGAUGCACAUGAUGGAGCUCAACAUAUUUUGGAUCCACUAGGAUCUGGUAUUCAGGUAUCUCCGCAUUCUUUUGACCCAAUGACAGAUUUGUCAGGGCAGUCGGCCAAUGUAAUACAGCACGAUGCGGCUUUUCACCAUGAACCUGCGAGCAUUGUUCUAGACGAGAGAAUGCCAAUUAUACAACACGAUACCGCACAACAUGGAAUGCAUGUAGACAAUCUGUCAAAUGGUAUGUCUGACACAAGUCUACCAAACAAACAACUUGGUAAACAAAAAGGUAAAAAUAAUCAAGGUAAUAAACAAAAGGGUAAAAAUAGGCAAGGUGGUCAACAAAGAGGUAAGAAUAAGCAAGGUGGUAAACAAAAAGGUAAAAAUAAGCAAGGUGGUAAACAAAAAGUUGUUUCACAUUUAAUUGACAUGACAGUACCCGAUAUUAACAAUAGUCCAAUGUUUGAUCCUCAGAUGACUAUUAACGCAAAGAAUCAAGGUAGAAAUAAUAGACCAAAGGUCAACAAAAAAGGUAGAAAUAAAUGGAAGAAAGUAAAAGGUCAAAAUAAAAAGAAAGAUCCGAAAAUGAGAGAACCUAGAAAGUUUAAACCAGUGGAAAUUCAAUCAGUUGUAACACAGGAACGGAAACCCACCACUCCAGACACAUCUGGCAUGAUGAGAAUUGCAGGAUUAGGUUUUCUGGAUUUAUCUGGAUAAGGAUUUGUGAGCAUACUAAAUUACUGAUUUAAAGAUGACCAUGUGUUAAUUUAUUUGUAAAAUUAAAUUAUUCGAUCAACUGACAUUUAUCAGGAAACUCGAACUUUAACACGAAAGUGAAAAAAGCUGUGCGGAAAUACUAUUAAAAAUCCCUCACUAAGAUUGUACAAAAAUGUAUACAAUAUGUGAUUCAAAAAUUAAUCUUUCCACAUUAAAUCACUUAAAUGAACUUGUCUAUCUAUUAAUCUAGACAAAACCAUUUCAUUGUAUUUAUGGACAUUUAGGGACAAUUUGUAAUGAUUGAACAACGAAUAGUGCAGAACGUGAUAAGAUAGCACGGAAUUGCCGACUGAUCUUGGACAGCACUGGAAACAAUUGACUUAAGUUAAAUAAAACGUUGAUUAACUGUUUUCAUUAUUGCUUUGUUAUCGGGGUUAAUACAGUCAUAUCAAUAUUUCUUUUAAAUACGCACAUUUUUUGUGCUUAAUGUGUCAACAAAUGCUCACGACAUGACAAUAACAUUGCCAUCUUAAAGCUUGUUGCUAUGGUUUUCAUUACCUUAUUUAUCAAAAUUAUGACGAACUUGAUGUUUGUUUAUAUGCAAAAAUAGCUCUUGCUGCGUAAGUAACACAGUAGAAAUAUGGUGAAAAUAUUG